AAUCCACUGAAACAGCCGUGGUAGUAGAGUAGUAUUGAAUGCGGCCACGCAGGUACCAGUCUACCCUAGGUCACUCGCGCGCAAGGCGCCCGGACGAUCCAUCGAUCGCCCGCUCGUUCCUGCCGGGCGCCGUAGCGGCAUUGCGGUGAUUCUCAGCCUGGCAUCAGCAUUCAGCUACCGCGCCUCGCAAGAUCCAGUGUUCUUGAUCCCUGCGCAGCGAUCGAGGUGAGGAGCGCCAGAUAUUUCUGUCAAAAAGUCCACUCCCUGCUCUGAUCUUCUCACUCCUUCCAAUACUUCCCCCAAGAGGUCAAUGCUGCCGGACGGCCCGAGUGAUAGCAUUUAGUGGAGCUGUUGACUUAGCGAUGCCGAUUUGCCCAAGCUUGUGAUCCAAAAGGUCUGAUGGAGCUACUUCUAUAGGAUUUUAUAGGCGCAAGGAUGGACAAGAGCGAUUCCGAUUGUCCAUACCCCGGAUGCUUCUUCUGCCUCAUGCGAGACGUAAAUCCAUCCAAGCGCCGCCCCAGCAUUGCAAAGUUCUUCAAGGAUCUCCCCGGUGAAGACGACGAUGGACAGGUUAUCCCGAUCAGCGGCUUAUGGAACAGCGCCAUGGCACAGCCAAGCAAUGCCGAGUUCGUCGAUCUCGGGGUCUUCGAAUGCAUGGCCGCAUUGAUCUGGAAAGGCCUCACCAACAGGCGAUGGCUGGCGCACGACCAAAACAUCUUUAUUCCUUACUACGCAGCUCACAUCAUCGGCUCGUAUACCAUGGUGGUGGAGGACUUUGCCGAGAGAGCAGUCUCGGCGGGAGUGAUUCCAGCGCUUCUGGAGCUUCUUCGAGGGAGGAUGACUUGGGUGGAACAGAGGGUGGCGGUGCGUGCUCUUGGUCACCUGGCUAGCUACGACGUUACCUUUCCUUACAUUGCAGCUUAUGGUGAGAUUCUGGACCUCUCCAUGCAACUAUCAGUCGAUGCUCCGGAGAUUGUCUACACGCAUUUCCUCCAGUUCGUGGACAAGAGGCUGGCUUACCACUGUGACCUUCUUACCAGAGGAGUUGGAGGCUUGGAGGUUGAGUCGAGAAAUGCCGAGGCCUGGGCGAGCCAGCUUCAGUGCUGGUCAUUGCAACUCAUCAACUGCUUUGCGUUCAAGGAUGAGUUCUUGUCGACCAUCUGUCAACCGGAGUAUCUGAUCAAGCUUUCUGGUACGUGGGGAGGCCUUGCGAACGAGAACUCGCCCGCUGGUGUCGGGCUGAUAAGAACUUUAUGCCAUCGAAGGCUGGGUAAGCAGGCUGUUGCGGAGUGUGAUGCGGUGAUUGAAACUCUAUGCAACGUCUCUCGCUCGUCGGAUGACUGGCAACACAUGGCGGUGGACUGUCUUGUGUGGUUGAUCCAAGACGUUGACAGUAGGUCCAAGGUUCUCGACAAAGCACUUCUUGCUCUUAUUGAUUUGGCAGAACUACCAACCAUAGGGGAAUACAAGAGGCUUGGAAAUUUACUCGUGCAGAACCUAGUGUUUAAGAACGAAGUCGACCUUUCCAAGAAAUUCCAACCGCGAACAAGAUCUUUGAUAAAGCAGCUGGAGGCCUUUCACGAUCGAGUAAGAAUGGAGAAGAAUUUACCGAAAGAGGACGUGCAAAUCAGGCUCGCAGCAGCUCUCGUGAGCAAGCUGGAGGGGAACGCCUACUUUUCAGCUGGUGACAUUCAAGGAGCCGCAACGAAGUACACCGAGGCUCUAGCACUUUGUCCGAUCAAGGCUAAGAAGGAAAGAGUCACACUUCAUAGCAACAGAGCUCAGUGCCAGCUACUUCUCCAGAAUCCCGAGGCUGCGAUCAGCGACACUACCCGAGCGCUGUGCAUUCACAACCCAGUCAACCGACAUGGAAAGAGCCUGUGGAGAAGAUCACAGGCUUACGACUGCCUGGGACUGGCCAAGGAGAGCCUUUUGGACGCCAUCUUAUUCGUCAACGAGUCUUUUGGCGAAUCGGAGGGCAAGGGAAACAGCAAAGUUCCCAGAUACGUGGAUCAGCUGAUCAAGAAGCAGAUGCAGGCGAUAUGGCUGUUUAACGAGGCUGCUGCGAAGCAUGGAGGAGUACAAUGCGAAGGUGGCGAACGAGAAGGUGGUGGUGAUAUUGGCUCGAGCAGCGAAGUGGAAGACGAUCUAUCUGCCCCUGAGGGCCAGGAGGAAUCCGAAUGGGAAACUGCGAGCGAGAGCGAAGAUUGUGCCGCCGAGAGCUGCUGUUCUUCACAGGCGGAGGAAAGACAAGAUCACAGACGUCGGGAAUGGAAGAAUUUCCGCUGGUAAAAUCUAAGACCGCCCUCCUUGUAUAUCAGAUACGAAGAUAUGUACUUCUCAGCGGAUUAAUGGCUGCUGCUUCGUGCGCUCUCCAGACCUCC